CGUUUCCGGCAUCUGAACAAAACGCAGAGUGCCUGACCUCCCAGCCUUUCUCUAAAACCUUUUUCACUCGUUCGUUCAUCAUCAAGACGAUGCCGUAUUGCGAGGUGGGGUCGCGGCAGAAUGCCACUGGCCACGCCAACCUCAACAAUGGAAUCAAAAUUUUCUAUAGAACCUACGGUCAGGGACCGACCAAGGUCCUCCUCAUCAUAGGUUUGGCGGGGACUCACGAUUCAUGGGGCCCACAAAUCCAGGGGCUGACAGGGUCCGUUACGCCCAAUGAUGAUGAUGAAAGAAGGGCCGCCGAUGGCUGUGACAAUGAGGCUGGUUUUAGUGGCGGUGGCAUCGAGGUCUGUGCCUUCGAUAACCGUGGUAUGGGUCGGAGCUCCGUGCCCACCAAAAAAUCCGAAUAUACAACAAAAACAAUGGCAAAGGAUGCAAUUGCGUUGAUGGAUCAUUUAGGCUGGAGAGAAGCCCAUGUUUUCGGGCAUUCCAUGGGAGCUAUGAUAGCCUGCAAAUUAGCAGCAAUGGUGCCUGAUAGAAUUUUGUCAUUGGCUUUGCUUAAUGUGACUGGAGGAGGUUUUGAAUGUUUACCAAGGCUCGACCGACACACAUUAUCAAUUGCUGUCCGUUUCUUAAAGGCAAAGACUCCUGAGCAAAGGGCAGCUGUUGACUUGGACACCCACUACUCCAAGGGAUAUCUUGAGGAAUAUGUUGGAUCCAACACGAGAAGGGCAAUUUUAUAUCAAGAAUAUGUAAAGGGCAUAUCAGCAACUGGGAUGCAGUCUAACCAUGGUUUCGAGGGUCAAGUCAAUGCAUGCUGGACGCAUAAGAUGAAGCAAAUGGAAAUAGAAUUGAUCCGCUCUGCAGGAUUUCUUGUUUCAGUCAUUCAUGGAAGGCAUGAUGUCAUUGCUCAAAUAUAUUAUGCAAGGCGACUGGCAGAGAAGCUGCACCCUGUUGCUAGAAUGGUAGAUCUUCCUGGAGGGCAUCUAGUGAGUCAUGAGAGGACGGAAGAGGUCAACAAAGCUCUUAUUGAGUUGAUCAAGGCAUCAGAAGCAAAGACAGAGCCACAUGAUUGGACAAAUUUGCCUGAAAAAAGUUUGGGGUGGAUGGCUACAAGAAUGUCACUAAUCGGAAAAAGAACUGAUGAAGGGAACUGUGUAUCUUUCAUGUGCAAUAUGUUCGAAAAGCUACAUCUUUGCCUCUUAUACCUCUUUGGCCUCUUUGCAUUGGCAUUUGAGAAUGCAAGGAGAACCUUCAGAAGUAUAAAACCAGCUAGAAUUGGACAUUCCAUCACAUAGGCUGAGACAACAUAGCCACUAGACCCACAUGUUUUACUGGGGUUUAUCAACUUUUCAUUCUGUUGGCAAUUUGGCACUGCCGAAUGUAUUUAAGCGGUUGGCGCUCUCAAGUAAAUGCUGUGAAGAGUUCCCAACACGAGUAUAAGCCAGAAUUAUUUACAAAAUGAGGCCCUUUAUAGGCAAUACAGACAUGUUGCAGAUGGAGGCAGGAAUGGAGAGAGAUCACAAGGGCCGAUAUUUAGGCGGAUCCCAAUCCUCGUUCACUUGCAACAUACGAUGCUAAUUCAUCCAUUUAUUAUUUGUACUUUACCACAACGAGUCCUUACAAAUGACACCUUUUACAGAUUAAGCCUCCAGAAUGAGAGCGAAAAAUAAUAAGGGGUUUUCUAUUUGUAUCCAUCUUUCUGGUAUCAUAUAUCAACUUUCCCUGCAAAAAGGUUCCUAUUUUACAUCUAUAUAUAUUUUCAAUUUUUUAAA